CUUAGCUGCUGUCGAACACAUUUCAGUGGAAGCAGCGUAAAGUUUUUCGAUUUUUCCACCACAAUGGUGAAUCUACGUCAAAGAAAGAAGACCAGGAAGCUACGAGGUCAUGUCAGCCACGGACAUGGUCGUAUCGGCAAGCACCGUAAGCAUCCCGGAGGUCGCGGUAAUGCUGGUGGUAUGCACCACCAUCGGAUAAAUUUCGAUAAAUACCAUCCUGGUUACUUCGGUAAGGUCGGUAUGAGGAAUUUCCACCUGAACCGCAACCACAAAUACUGCCCAACGCUGAACCUCACCAAGCUGUGGACCCUGGUCGGCGAAGACAAGCGUAUUGAGUGCAAGAAGGACAAGACCAAGGUGCCGGUUGUGGAUCUAGUGAAAUUCGGCUACUUCAAACUGCUGGGAACGGGACACAUCCCAAAUCAGCCCAUCAUUGUCAAGGCGAAGUUUUUCUCGCGCAAGGCUGAGGAUAAAAUCAAGAAGGCGGGCGGUGCCUGCAUUCUGAGGGCGUAACGUAAACCAACAAAAAACAUUCGUUUUUAUUAAGGCAGUAGGAAAGUAAACUCUACGGAAGAAAAUAUACGGAAAUGUUGGCGAGAAA